UAGAGUUAUGCAGAUUUGGCCAGAUGGCUUUUCUGUUAUUUGCCAAGUGGUUGCAUUCACGUUCAUAACCGCCUAAACUUCCACCGGGAAUAUUACUCCUCCUUGUAACCCUAAUACCGGCAAAUCUCAUUCAAUUUCGCAAAAAUGGGUAAAGAAUCGACGUUUCUCUCAGCAGUUCACUUGAAGAAGAAACCAAUGAAGAAACCCAGUAGUAGCAAAAGGAAGCAAUUUUUAAACAAAGUUUUGGAUUAUCUCAAAUCUGAUACUUUUAUGUUUGCACCUAUGUGUUCAUCCCGUUUCUCUUCAGGAAUUGGGGAAGAUGAGAAACCCUUGGAAGGAAAUGAUAAGAAAUUGGUUAGUAAAAUUGGGGAUUAUUUAAAGGCUGAUACCUACAUGUAUGCUCCUUUGGUUAUUUCUCAACCCUGGGAUUCGGUUCAUGUAUCUAAAGGACCAGUUCCUAUACAAGAAGAGAUGGACAGUAAGAGAUCUGCUGAUGUGCUAAAAGGAGGGACUGAAAAAGUGGAUGAAGCUGGUAGGAAGACAGUUAAUGUGGUUAGCAAAGAUCAUAACAUGGAUGAUUUUCCUCAUACUAGGAGCCCUAUGGUCACUCGUACUCGGGUGCGUAGAGAGACUGUGAAGCAUAUGAUCUAUCAAAACUGCUGACUUUUAUUUGCGAGUUAUACCCUCAGGCAGAGGGUGAUAGAUGAAGAUGAUUUUCUUGUGUGAUGCUGCUGCUUAGCAAAUCAGACUAAAGAUUGUUUCGUCUCCUUAGGUAGUUAGUUAAGUUGUGUGUUAUAAUGUGACAACUAGGUACGUAUGCUUGUUUUAUUUGUCAUUUAGAUCUGGAUAGUUCAUGACUAUUGUAUAAAAUGUGAUAGGAUAACUAGGUACAUAUGUUAGUGUUAUGUCAUUUAGGUUCAUGGCUAAUUUAUACGUCGUCUUGCAGCUAA